AUGACUAACCUAAAUGGAGGAGAUGUGCAUCCGUUGACGGACUCAUCAUCGUCUCCGUCUCAACAGCUCCGACUUAGAGCUUAUCAGAGUAUAUAUGGCAUUUUGGAUGAUUAUCUCCCCGUUAACCAAGCUUCUUCAUUUUCUCCUUUGUCAGAUUUGCAAAACCUAGAAUCUAACUUUAGAAGAUUGGGAGUCUCCGAUUUAAACGCUCGUCAACAGCAGCUGCUCUCGAAUAAUCGUGGUAGCAAUCAAUUUCCUUUGGAAACUGGAGAUCAAAGUAUGAUCAGUGUCCGUGAGCACUUCAACCCUUCGCAUGUUCAACAACAAACUCAACGAGAACUGAUUAAUCAGUCGCAGAGACUUUGGUUUCCCAAUGAUAAUCGUGUUCAUGGGUAUGGUGCGAUGGGUUCUCUGCAUACUGGCUUAGGAGACGUUUCUUUUUCUCCAAGUUAUCGUUUCGUGGAUCAAAGCCCUUGGGGUUUUUCACAACGCACUAAUCAUGAUACAUAUACUGUGAGUGACCCUAGGGCUACAAUGCUAUCACGUGCUAAAGAUCGUGUGGAGUCUCUUCAACUGCAAAGCAUGAUUGAUCAAGGUUCAAGGGAGACGAUUGAUAAGAUAUUUGGUGAUCUGGUAUCUCAUGUUUGUGAAUUGAUGAUUGACCCUUUUGGCCAUCAAGUCUUUCGAAAGCUUUUGGAGAAAUGCAGUGAGGAACAGAUCACUCAGGUUUUGGGUAUGGUCAUCCAGAAACCUAUUCAGUUUGUUAGGGUUUGUGGCGAUGCAAAUGGAAAUUAUGUGGUGCAAUAUGUGCUGGAGUUGGAAGAUUGUCAAGUGGCAGAUGCUCUCUCUAGAUAUCUAGAUGGGAACUACGUCCAACUCGCUUGUGACAAGUAUGGGAGUCAUGCGGUGCAAAAGUUUUUGAAAAAUAGACAAUUUAACACGAGGAGGAUCGUACAAGAGCUGUUAUGUGACAUUGAUUCACUUCUUGUAAAUCCGUAUGGAAACUAUGUGAUUCAGACUGCAUGGAGUGUAUCUCAGGAUGAUAUGCAAGGUGAAUUAUUAUACCAUAUAAACAGGAAUCAUCCGUUCAUGAGGUGCAACAGAUAUGGAAGAAAAGUACUCGAGAAACUUAAGAUUUGGACAUAG